AUGGUAAAGUCUUCCCUGUUAAAAUUCUUUGACAUAAAGUCUAGAGAUGGCAAGAAAACUGCUAAUUGUAAGCAUUGCGGAAAAUGUUACAAAGAAGGGGAGUCCACGGGAAACAUGAGCAAGCACGUUCGGGCCUUGCAUCCAUCAGCUUUUGGAGCUCAUAAUGGAAAGAUCGAUAGGAAGAAAGCAUCAGAUGCCAUCACUAAAAAGAGGAAAACACUCAGGAUCUCCCAGUCUAUUACCAAUGAGUUCAGGAAGAACCCACACACUUUUAGAACGGCUUUGCUUGUUGUGGAAGGAAUUCUGCCGCUAAAUUUAGUCGAACUCACGAUGUGGAGUACGUUUGGCGACCAAGGUCAGUCAGUAGCUCCUAUUCGAUCUAGAGCGACUUUUGCGAAAAAGCUACAGGUUUAUUCUGCUAUGUUAGACGAAACGCUGUCUCUCAACCUUAGAAAUGCACACCUUGUGAACAUCCAUUUAGACACCUGGACUGCAACAAGUGGGGAAUCUUAUUUGGGGCUGCUGGUCUCGUUUGCACCUAAUAUAUGGAAUAAAAAGAUAAUAAACGAUAUGGAAGAUCACAGAAUUUUACUCAACGAUGAUGGGACGGCCCAAAAUACUCAUCUGCUUGAUUUUGUUUGCUUGGGCGAGAAGAAGCAUACUGGUCAAAACAUUCUACCAAUAUUCCUGCAACUUUUGGAGAAGCAUAACCUUACAGACAAAGUAGCGACAAUAACUAUGGACAGUGCUAGUAACAACGUCUCAAUGUACCGGUCAUUCAUUUUCUCGCUUUUCAAGGACAAGGAUCCUCUGGCGAGCCGUCUCCUCGGUAAGGCCCGCUAUAUUCGCUGCGCAAACCAUGUUUUAAGCUUACAUGCCAAGACAAUAGUUUCAGAGUUGUUAAAAAAAGCUAAUUUUGCAACAGCAUUGCGGAGAAUCAAGGUGGUAGCGAAGAAUAUGAGACACUCCAACCAAAUUCGCGCUAGCUUAAAAAAAGCCAGAAUACCAUUCAUUCCCCUUGAAGCACCCGCUCGGUGGAUGUACAUUUGGCGUCAAGUAAAUUCUUUCCUUGAAAACUAUAAGCAAUUGUGGUUCCAGAAGCGUGACGGGAACGGUGAUGUAGACAUCGUCUACAAGCUUCGCGAGUACAUUCAUUUUGACGAUCGGACCUUACAAAUGUUGAAAUAUUUUGUCUCCAGUCUCGGAGUUUUUAACGACUUGUCAAUGAAGCUACAAAAGGAUUCUUACAACCACCUUCCAAACGGGGCACCGCUCUACUAUUCGAUGAACAGUUUCUAUUCCUAUUGUAAAGGUGCUUUAUAGGGCCAUGAGAUCCCCAAAAACCGGUCUGGUUCCGAUUUUACAGGCUUAAAUGAAGCGGCUGAGCUCCGUCUCACGGAUAAGCGACUCAUUUAGGAAGCAAUUUUGGCAUCACAAGAAUGUCACCAACGGUAUUUGACUUCAGUUCGACACGACGCGCUUUAUUAUGUGGCAAUAAUACUAGAUCCAGGUGCUAAGACAGGCGCCUUGUACAGAAUGAUGUCAAAGGCGGAGGCCGACGAGAAGUUGAUAGAAGCUCGCCAAUUUAUUCAAGACUACCUCAAGGAAUACAGUAAUUCUGUUGAUUUGCGAGCCUCCACUGCUGUCGAGAGGCACUCUUCACAUGAAACCGAAGAUUUCAUAAUUGACAUAGUAGACUUUCAGGACACAGUUGGCGGCUCACAGGCUUUGAAUGAUGCUGACACGCCAGAUGCUGAGGAGCUUAUGGAGGAGUUUGACGCUUACAAGCGAGAGCCACUUUUGAAAAAUAGGUUCAAGGAAACCGCGAUUGCCUGGUGGUAUCAGCAUCGGACCAGGUUCCCAAGGCUCUUCCCGCUUGCCAUAUUCUUGUUCUACACUAAGCUCAGCUCAUGCGAAGUGGAAAGAGUGAUUUCUUUGGCCUCGAGGGUCAUGGGGAAGGACAGGACGCAACUGUCAUCAACAAACGUCAAAUCCCUGUUGUUACUGCGAGACAGGUUUGAUAGGUUCGGCUUCUACAAACGCGGUCCCACCGCACGUCGUGAUGUUUGCAACGAGAAGGACGAUAUAUACGAGGAUGACGAUGGUUUGUCAGACCCAUUCGAACUUUUCGCUGCCUCUGAUGACACUCCUUGA